AUGGCACCAUCCCCGCGCUUCGAGUCCGACCAAGUCGAUGGUUCCCCUCUCGGACAGCCAUUGAAGUUCGAAUUUUCUGGCAAGACGGCCCCGAAUCGUUUCCUGAAAGGUGCUAUGACCGAGCGCAUUUCCUCGUGGGACCCAAAGAACCUCGAAGCACGGGGUAUACCUUCUGACAAACUUGUCCACGCAUACAAGAUAUGGGGCGAGGGUCAAAUUGGUCUGAUCCUCUCCGGUAACAUCAUGUUUGAGUACGACCACCUCGAGGCCGCUGGCAACCCCAUCAUUCCCCGAGGAGCACCGUACGAGGGUGAAAGAUUCGAGCAGUUCAAGAAGAUGGCACAAGGCGCGAAGGCUCACGGCGAUCUUGUCGUUGGGCAAGUCUCGCACCCUGGACGUCAGGUUGCGGAGAACAUUCAAAAAUACCCAGUCUCAGCUUCCGACGUUCAACUGAAGGGCAAUGUGAUGGGCAUGACUUUCGCGAAACCCCGUGCAGCGACGGAGGAGGACAUCAAGAACUUUAUCGAAGGCUGGGCACACGCAGCAGAAUACUUGGAAGAAGCAGGCUACGAUGGCAUUCAGCUUCAUGGGGCCCAUGGAUAUUUACUGGCACAAUUCCUCAGUCCAACAACGAAUCAGCGGACAGACAAGUACGGUGGGAGUUUAGAAAACAGGGCUCGCUUGAUCCUCGAGAUUGCACAGGAAGUUCGUCGACGAACCAAGCCCGACUUCAUCGUUGGCAUCAAGCUCAACUCCGUGGAGUUCCAAGACAAGGGCUUCAACCCGGAGGAGGCCAAGCAGCUGUGUGUGCUGCUCGAACAGAACAAGUUCGACUUCGUUGAGCUGUCCGGCGGCACAUACGAGAAGCUAGCUUUCGCCCAUCAGCGUGAGAGUACCAAGAAGCGUGAGUCGUUUUUCUUGGAGUUCGCAGAGCUCAUCGCUCCGGCAAUCAACAAGACCAAGACUUAUAUUACUGGCGGGUUCAAGACUGUGGGCGCCAUGGUCAACGCUCUGCAGACAGUUGAUGGCGUCGGCCUUGCACGUCCAGUUUGCCAGGAACCCCACUUGUGCAAAGAUAUCCUCGAAGGCAAGGUCAAAGGAGCCAUCAAGCAGGAGGUUGAUGUAGACAAUUUUGGUCUCACAAAUGUCAUUGCUGGCACUCAGAUCAAGCAGAUUGGCAAGAACCAGGAGCCGAUCGAUAUGUCUCAAGACAGCAACGUUGGUGCCUUUAUGAAAGACAUGGGCGAGUGGUCGGAGAUGCUGGCGAAAGAUUCGGAGAUGAACAACUACGGCUACAUUGAUCUCACCAGCGCUACGCCGGUGCCCUACGGCGCCCCUUCUGUCUGA